AAAGAUGGGUUCCUUCGACUUGCCUCACAGUUCAUCGUUCAAGGGAGGAAGUGAAAUAUUUCUUCGGAAUGUGUUCGAGAAUAUACUGAAAACGUACCUAAGGAAGAACCCGACGGCGAAGACGAUAUGGGAACUGGUUCAGUCGUUGGACAACGAAAAGAUCUGCUACGACCACUUCACUUUCAGGACACUAAAGGUCGAUGGUUAUGGAAUAGACUCCUUGUCGAGUUUUUUCAUGGAUUAUGGAUAUAAAAUUGGAGGUGGACUUGAUUUUCCAAAUAAAAAACUACGAAUUCUUUGGUUUUCUCCUCCCGAUGUUCACGUCCCUAAUGACGGUCACGGUCUAGGCAACGGCCCUUUGCCACGACUUGUUAUAGCUGAGGUUCUUGUGGACGAACUAAGCCAUGAAUCACAGGGGAUAAUAAGGAAGUAUUUGAAACCAGAAGGUGGCAAGCAAGCGGUUCUUUCUAGUAUUUUGGGGUCUUUAAUAUGGGAGAAGCCUACAUGGACCGACUUCAAGCAACUUGCCAAAGAAAGCGAAUUUGCGGCAUGGACGCUUAUCCACGGCUACACAAUGAAUCAUCUUGAUUUUGCGGUUCAUCGAUUCAAACAUCGUUUCAGUGAUAUCAAAUUCGUCAAACAACAUCUUGAGGAAAAGGGAUUCAAACUCAACAGCGACGGAGAAAUCCUCAAAGUGAGUCAAGAUGGUCUACUAUUUCAAGUUUCAUCGAUCUCGGAAAGGCUUCCGGCAACAUUUGCAGAUGGAGUAACUGAAAUAAUCCCAGCUUCGUACAUUGAGUUCACUCAACGUCAAGUUCUUCCAGAGUUCAAAGAUGUGCCGCAUGAUGAGAUCAAAGAAUUUCAUAGACGUGAAGCUUUUGAACUCGAUAACGCCAACCACGUAAUGAAAGGCACCCGUUUCACAACCAAAUUCUAGAGCCAGACUUUUCUUGCUCGACUAAAUAUGUCAAAUUUGU